GCAGUCACUUACUUGGGUGAGCUUUACAAGGAAGCCUUUCCGAGCUCAAACCUCCCAGGGCAUCCGCGGUCCCAAAACUUUCUUCAGACAGACAGACUCGAUCGAGACCAUACGUCACGAUGUUGGUGCUUUGUUUAUGUUUUGCCCUUUUAGCUUCGUCCUCCGCCAUUCCUGCUCCACGCAACAGAGGCCCGGCUGUGUCUCAGUUUGACUCGCAGGGGAGACAGCUCGCCGGCGAACAAGCAGGUUUCAGCGUAGCGGUUCCAGGCUUGGCUGCGUCCCCUCUCCAACAGCAGGCGCCGCAGUUCUCCCCACAGGUGCCUCCACAGCCCCUACCCGCAGUGGUGGAGUACAGGUCUCCCUCCAACAGCCUGGAAAGCCUGCCAGUCAGCCAGCUCCUCAGGCACUCCCCGGUCAACUCUCAGCUUCUCAGUGUGAAGACUUCCUUGACAGGCAUCAUGAGUCGACUUCCGGACAACGCCACCCUCCUCAGGCCCAACAUCAAGGACACGUUCUCGUGCAGUGGAAGGGCUUAUGGCUACUACGCUGAUCCAGACAACGAUUGUCAGAUUUUCCACGUCUGCUUGCCUCUCCACUCGCUAUACCCAACCCUUUACAAGACUCCAACUACGUACACCUUUUCGUUCAUCUGCGGAAACCAGACCAGUUUUGACCAGGCGAGUAUGGCCUGCGUUCACAAGGACGGCUUCGUCUGCGACAACCCGGAGAUGUACUACUACCUCAACUACAACUUCUUCAGGAAGGUCAAGACGCCCGAGGGCGGGGAAAGGUGGGCUUGGAUCAAUGAAGAUGUACCGAAAGGGUAUGUGUACCAGCCUGUAGUGCCGGAGCAGCCAGGUUCCGCAGGUGGUUCCGUGUCCGUGCCCGUGUCCGUACCCGUCUCUGUGCCCGUCUCCGUGCCCGUGUCCGUGCCCGUCGGGAGGAAAUAGAAGGCCACGGUGGCAUCGGGUUUCCUUUGGAUGUGCAACCCGGAUUCUUGUUACUGGAGUUUUCUUUUAUAUAUAUUUCUUUUCUUUUCUCUUCUUUUUUCGGGAAGAGUUCACAAGGUCCUGUGACUCUGGUGACGGGCAUUAUCUUCUCUUCGAUUCUUCCUUCCGUUUUAGUUCCCCUUUUCCUUUUCGUUUCUCGUCGUUUUUCCAAGCAAUGCAUUCGUAUUGCAAAAGGAUCAACGGACUCGUAUUGCAUGCGCUACACUGCAGCCACUUGGAGGAAGCACGCCCUUGCCUCCAAGCGAGACCAUCUGACGACGUGUGCAAGUUGCAAGCAUAUGUGCAAUGUAUAUGUGCUCAUACCGUUGUUUUUAGGGUAUGUUUUGUUGUACACUUGUCAUUUUGGUACUUUUGUAAAUGCUUUGUUGCGGUCUGGGAUUUUUUCUAUUUUGUUUUUGUUUAUGUUUUUGUUGUUAUUCUUUGUCCUGCAUCUCUGUGAUUUGUUUUCUUGUUUAUUCAAAUGCCAAUCUGGUAAUCGCACGAGCAAGUGACAAGACUAAUGCCAUAAAAGAAAAUGGAUGUUUAACAGACAUCAGUAUUUUCGAAAAAUAAAAGAAAGGACGAAA